UAUUUAAUAUUUAUAGGAAUUCAAUUCAGAUUAGAGGUUAUCGGAAACUAGUUGCGAUAGUCGCUUGUUAGUAUUCAGUCCUCAAUAAUGGCACUACUCUUAAUAUUUUUAUUUUUUACACCCUUAAUAAUCACAUCUUAUGAACAUUGUCAAACACCUAACCAGCAACCAGGCAAAUGUGUUAUAAUAAAUCAAUGCCCACAUUUAUUUUCUGUAGUUUUGCAAAAUGCAACAGGCGAAGAAUCAAAGAAACUUAUCCAAAAGUCUCACUGCGGUUUCGAGUCUCUCUUAUUUCCUAAAGUUUGUUGUCCUUUAGAAGCCAUCGAACUUCUAGAAGAAAGUGGAGCAAUUUCUCAAAAUAAACAUUCAACUAAGUGUGGUUUACAUGUGCCCGAUGGACCAUCGGACCCAUGGCUUGCCCUAUUGGAAUAUGAACAUGGUGAUGGACGGCGUGAAUUUUUAUGUGGUGGAGUGUUGAUUAACAAAAGAUAUGUUUUGACAGCAGCUCAUUGCAUCACACAAAAGCCCAAAUUGGGAACCGUCCAUUUAGGGGAAUAUAGAAGUACUAGUGGGUUGCAAUUAGUUAUUCCAGUGGAUGGUACUAUCGUACAUCCAGAGUAUAAACCCAACGACCCACAUCAAUACCAUGACAUUGCUUUAGUCCGUUUGAAACAAAAAGUUAAUUUUAAAGAUGGAAUUGUAAGGCCAAUUUGUGUACCAAUGGACAGUAGAAAAGUGUUUAUAGGGAAAACUCUGCAGUUAGCAGGUUGGGACACAGUUGGUAAUUUUACGAAAAAGCGCGAUGGUAUUGCAACAGUUUGGAACAAUUCUGAGUGUCACUUGAUAUACAACACUACUCAAGUGAAUUUAAAGGAUUCUCAGAUGUGUGCCGGGGGUAAAAAACUGCCCUAUAGGGAUCAACAUCACAUAGAUUUUGGAGGGAUUUUAAUGCAUGUUGCUAAAGAUACUUCUUAUUCCGUUCAAGGGAUUCGAUCCAUUGUACCCCCUUGUUGUGAAAAAGAUUAUCCAAAAGUUUACACUAAAGUAGCCAGCUAUUUCACAUGGAUUAUGGAUAAUUUAAAACCAUAAAAAUCAGUUUUUAGUAUUUUAGAUACAAAGUCUAUUAAGAGCCUAAAUUUCAGGUAAAUACACAAGGAACAAAAGUUAUUCAAACCUCCAUUACGUAAAAUAAUCGUAAUUUGAACCUAUGCGAUCCAUAAUCCAAAUUACCACUUACAUACCUUUUUGUAUGUCUCAAUUUAUUUUGUAUCGAUUAUUUUGAUAUAAGUAACGAUUUGUUGAGCAGUUGAGUACAUUUUUAGAUGUAAAUAUGUAAGUUAGGUGCCUUUUCAGCUUAACGUACUAUUCAAAUUACCCUUACAUUGCCAAACAAAAAAUACUCAUUAUUUAAGAAAAGUAGGUAACAGAAUAAUUGUUUUUCUUUUUAUCUAUGUUUCAGUUUGUAAAUGUAUAUUAUCCCACAUUAAAUAAGAUAUAUAUUAUUUCAAAAGAACUACCCUCUAUUCUGUAAGUUGUUCUCAAGUAACUAUUAAGGACUGGAAAUAAGUAGAAAAAAUCGUGUGUUAACUUUUUAUUAAAAAAAUAAUAAAAUUAAACUCAUUCAUCUGCA